GUCACACCUUUUGUCCCCUGCCUCCUCCUUCCCUCUUCACAGUCUUACCCACAUAGAGCUACUCCACCCCAGUUGGACUGUAGCGUGACAUCCCUGCCUGCCUGAGGGAGGAAUGAGAAGGGGAAACUACAGCUGCAGACAAGUGACACCCAGAAGCCAGGAGCUUCUGUAAGUACCAGGUCUGCACAAGACCCAAGUCAGCGCAAUGGCAAUGACGCUGGAGGAAUUCGUUCACUCCCUUGACCUCAGGACCCUUCCCAGGGUUCUAGAAGUCCAGUCGGGCAUCUAUUUUGAAGGUUCCAUUUAUGAAAUGUUUGGAAAUGAAUGCUGUUUAUCAACAGGAGAAGUAAUUAAAAUUAUUGGUCUCAAAACUAAGAAGAUCAUAGCUGAAAUUUGUGAGCACAUUGAGGGUUGUGAACGUCCGCAACCAUUUGAGCUGCCUAUGAAUUUUCCAGGUCUUUUUAAGAUUGUGGCUGAUAAAACUCCAUACCUUACUAUGGAAGAAAUUACGAGGACCAUUCAUAUUGGAUCAAGUAGACUAGGGCAUCCUUCCUUCUAUCAUCAGAAGGAUGUAAAACUAGAAAAUCUCAUUAUAAAGCACGGUGAGCAAAUCAUGCUCAACUCAGUUGAAGAGAUCAAUGGAGAAAUAAUGGUGAACUGUGGAGUGGUAAGGAAUCAUCAAAAUCACUCAUUUACCUUGCCUUUGUCACAAGAAGGAGAAUUCUAUGAGUGUGAAGAUGAACAUAUUUAUACCCUAAAGGAGAUUGUCGAAUGGAAGAUACCGAAGAACCGAACACGAACUGUGAAACUUACAGGUUUUUCAAAUAAGUGGGAUUUAACAAAUCCAUUUCCUAAAGGCUUUUACGGUGCUCUGAUUCUCAAGCCUGUUUAUGAAAUUCAAGCUGUGAUGAAAUUCCGAAAGGACAUAGUCCGCAUCCUCCCCAGUUUAGAUGUUGAAGUCAAAGACAUUACUGACAGUUAUGAUGCCAACUGGUUUCUUCAGCUAUUAUCUACACAAGAGCUCUUUGAAAUGACCAGUAAAGAGUUCCCCAUAGUGGCUGAAGUCAUAGAGGCACCUCAAGGAAACCAGCUGCCCAGAAGCAUUUUACAGCCUGGGAAAACCAUUGUGAUCCACAAAAAGUAUCAGGCAUCGAGGAUCUUAGCUUCAGAAAUUCGAAGCAAUUUUCCUAAAAGGCACUUCUUGAUCCCCACUAGCUAUAAAGGCAAAUUCAAGCGGCGACCUCGGGAGUUCCCAACUGCCUAUGACCUUGAGAUAGCAAAGAGCGAAAAGGAGCCUCUCCAUGUGGUGGCCACCAAAGCCUUUCAUCCCUCUCAUGAUGAGCUGUCAUCUGUAUCUGUCGGGGACCAGUUUCUAGUGCAUCACUCACAGACGACUGAAGUCCUUUGUGAGGGAAUCAAAAAAGUGGUGAAUGUUCUGGCCUGUGAAAAAAUCCUCAAAAAAUCCUAUGAGGCAGCACUGCUCCCUUUAUACAUGGAAGGAGGUUUUGUAGAGCUGAUUCAUGACAAGAAACAGUACCAGAUUUCUGAGCUCUGUUCGCAGUUCCACUUGCCUUUCAAUGUGAAGGUAUCUGUGAGAGAUCUUUCCAUUGACGAAGACAUUUUGGCUGCUACACCAGGACUGCGGUUGGAGGAAGCCAUCACAGACUCUUACUUACUCAUAAGUGACUUUGCCAACCCCAAGGAGUGCUGGGAAAUUCCUGUCAGCCGCUUAAAUAUGACUGUUCAGUUAGUUAAUAGUUUUUCUAAGGACACAAAAUCAUUUCUAGUCAGGACUCUGGUUGAAGAGAUCACUGAAGAACAAUAUUACAUGAUGCGAAGAUAUGAAAGCUCUUUCUCCCACCCCCCACCUCGCCCUCCCAAACAUCCUGCAGUGGAGGAAACAAGGUUAACCCUGCUCACCUUGGCAGAAGACAGGGCCGUAGGUCUGCCUAAGUCUCCCAAGAGUCUCCAUGUAGACAAGAAACUGCACUCAAAUCAAGCUGGCCUGGAUUCAAAAGUACCAGUUGGUUGUCAAAAUGAUUCGGCCGAUCUGGAGAAAGAGAAAAGCAAGAGUGGGGCAACUGUCGUAGCAGCCACCAAUGUAACCACAGAAAUCUCCAAAAGUAAAAAACAUCAAAAGUAAUGAGAUGCGACUGAAGCCACCUGGGCAGUGAACAUAAAUGUUGCAAUGGAAAAGUAAGCUUAGCCUUCAAGCCGAAAACAACUAUUCCCCAACAGACUUCAGAAGAAACUUGACUGGCCAUGGCAAAGGAAAAACACAACCUUAAAAGUUUUAACAGAUAAUACUUAAAGAGAAACCUAUGAUAUGGAAUUCACAUAAUCUAUUCUGUUGUGCCAAAAUCUGUAUAUAUGGUUUUAUUGUUACUUAGGACAUAUUUAUUUAAUGUGCACACACUUUCUGUGAUUCCUAUUUCCCCUGCCAACCAUGAAUCAAUUGAAAAUGAAUUUUAUAUUUCAGUUUCUAGGUGAACUAGUUGAAAAUAUGUUGAAAGCCCACCAAAUAUUUUCAGGGUUUCAGAAUUUGGUUUCUUUCUACAAUUUUUCUAGAAUUAUCAUCAUUCCUGCUAAAAAUAACUUAAAAAAUAAUUAUAUCUGAGAGUGAUUUAAAAUACCCAAGUUUCGGGGCGCCUGGGUGGCUUGGUUGGUUAAGCGUCCGACUUCGGCUCAGGUCAUCAUCUC